AUGAGGGAAGACCUGUCUUUUUCCAUUUUCGAAUUGGUGGUGAGCCUAUGUCCCGCAGAUUGUUUUAGUCCUAUGUUGGGAGACCGUUGCGACAGCCGAAUUGCACUCGAAACAGAACUCGAAAGAGAGAUCAUAAGCCAUCCGGAGUUGGACCUAGAAGUGGAACCCCGCUUUUUGUUAAAAAGUAUCUCCAGAACUCAACUUUACGAUCAAUCUGCUCUUGAAUUUAAGAUCAAGCUGAUUGUUCUUUCCAAGACGCUCAUUGCCUUGUUCGAUUACUUCGACGAGGAUUUUUCAGAGGCUUUUUUUAAAUUUCGGUGGAUCCUUCAGUUUUUGCAUGAGGCUCGUAAGGUUCCUGGGAUCUUCAACUUAGAAAUAAUUUUAUCUCUGGACUACGAGCGUUCCUUAUCACUCUUGUGUGCCAGGUCACUCAUAAAAGACUUUAGAAACUUUGAUGCGUCAAGAGUGAAAAGUGGAGCAGGAUUUAAGGUGAAUCGCCUUGAUAUUUUUGAGGGCUUGCUUGCAAAUAUUUUGGAUUGUACGGAGCCCAGUAUAUUGACAUGUGUCGACGAGCUGGAUUACUAUAUGAUGGACCAGCUAUUCACAGUUUUAGGAGAAAUGGAAAAAUGUAUAGCGUUUUUGAAAGGACCCCUGUGCGAUGUGGAUGGUAUCACAAAAUCAGAAAUCUAUGCUGUUAGGCCUCAAAGAAGUCACAUUGAUGGCAUGAUCCGCAAAUACAUUCUUGCCUCUACUUUCAAAUUACCAGGUGAUCCUACUUUUUCGUGUUGUUUUGAUAAAGUGCUAGAGGGGGUUAUACUCUAUGGUGGUAUCCAUUUGUGUGUAAUAGCAUUUUUUCACAAGCUAAAAACAUUUCACGAAGUUGAGUGCAGGAAGGUUUGUAGUUCACAGCCAUCUGAAGUUGUUGAGUCGUCUUAUGUGGCUCUCACCACUGAGAUUAUAAGAGAUUGGGAUUAUCUGAACACCGGCAGCCAAGAUUUGAAAUUCAUUCAAUGUCCUCAAGUUUUAAUGAAAGCUAAUAGCAACGAAAUUAUAAUGGUUGAUUCUGUUUACGAGGAGUCCGAAAAAGAUCAUAAUCACGAUAUCACCCUUUUACUUAGCGCUGCUAAAAUAAGAGCGAAGCGAAAGUUUUACGGAGACUCACAGCUUCACCAGCAGUUUUCGGAAAGCCAGUGGCAUAUGGGUCUUUCAUGGGUACAAUUUUGGAAAAAUUGUUAUUUGGACAACAAGGGAGACAUGGCACCAGAACUCAGCGAUUUAGUAGAGAAAAUGUACGACUACUCCUCAUCUCCGGUGUAG